GCGCAACUUCCGCAGACCCACUGCCUCCGAGGACGAAGAGGGGGACACUGCGCCUUCAGCUUCGGGCUUCCGAAAGAAUCGAGUUUCUCGUCGCGGAUCCCGUUCGCCGUCCUCAGGUCUGAAGCUCAGCGCGGGGCGAGAGAGCAGGGCACCGGCAUGGCUAAAAACACGGCCAUCGGCAUCGACCUGGGCACCACCUACUCGUGCGUGGGGGUGUUCCAGCACGGCAAGGUGGAGAUCAUCGCCAACGACCAGGGCAACCGCACCACCCCCAGCUACGUGGCGUUCACGGACACCGAGCGGCUGAUCGGAGAUGCGGCCAAGAACCAGGUGGCGCUGAACCCGCAGAACACCGUGUUCGACGCGAAGCGGCUGAUCGGCCGCAAGUUCGGCGACCCGGUGGUGCAGUCGGACAUGAAGCACUGGCCUUUCCGGGUGAUCAACGACGGCGACAAGCCCAAGGUGCAGGUGAGCUACAAGGGGGAGACGAAGGCGUUCUACCCCGAGGAGAUCUCGUCCAUGGUGCUGACCAAGAUGAAGGAGAUCGCCGAGGCGUACCUGGGCUACCCGGUGACCAACGCGGUGAUCACCGUGCCGGCCUACUUCAACGACUCGCAGCGCCAGGCCACCAAGGAUGCGGGCGUGAUCGCGGGGCUGAACGUGCUGAGGAUCAUCAACGAGCCCACGGCGGCCGCCAUCGCCUACGGGCUGGACAGGACGGGCAAGGGGGAGCGCAACGUGCUCAUCUUCGACCUGGGCGGGGGCACCUUCGACGUGUCCAUCCUGACGAUCGACGACGGCAUCUUCGAGGUGAAGGCCACGGCCGGGGACACCCACCUGGGUGGGGAGGACUUUGACAACAGGCUGGUGAACCACUUCGUGGAGGAGUUCAAGAGGAAACACAAGAAGGACAUCAGCCAGAACAAGCGAGCCGUGAGGCGGCUGCGCACCGCCUGCGAGCGCGCCAAGAGGACCCUGUCGUCCAGCACCCAGGCCAGCCUGGAGAUCGACUCCCUGUUCGAGGGCAUCGACUUCUACACGUCCAUCACCAGGGCGCGUUUCGAGGAGCUGUGCUCGGACCUGUUCCGCAGCACCCUGGAGCCCGUGGAGAAGGCCCUGCGCGACGCCAAGCUGGACAAGGCCCAGAUCCACGACCUGGUCCUGGUGGGGGGCUCCACCCGCAUCCCCAAAGUGCAGAAGCUGCUGCAGGACUUCUUCAACGGGCGCGACCUCAACAAGAGCAUCAACCCCGACGAGGCGGUGGCCUACGGGGCGGCGGUGCAGGCGGCCAUCCUGAUGGGGGACAAGUCUGAGAACGUGCAGGACCUGCUGCUGCUGGACGUGGCUCCGCUGUCGCUGGGGCUGGAGACGGCGGGGGGCGUGAUGACUGCCCUGAUCAAGCGCAACUCCACCAUCCCCACCAAGCAGACGCAGAUCUUCACCACCUACUCGGACAACCAGCCUGGGGUGCUGAUCCAGGUGUACGAGGGCGAGAGGGCCAUGACCCGGGACAACAACCUGCUGGGGCGCUUCGAGCUGAGCGGCAUCCCACCGGCCCCCAGAGGAGUGCCCCAGAUCGAGGUGACCUUCGACAUCGACGCCAAUGGCAUCCUGAACGUCACGGCCACGGAUAAGAGCACCGGCAAGGCCAACAAGAUCACCAUCACCAACGACAAGGGCCGCCUGAGCAAGGAGGAGAUCGAGCGCAUGGUGCAGGAGGCGGAGAAGUACAAAGCGGAGGACGAGGUCCAGCGCGAGAGGGUGUCUGCCAAGAACGCCCUGGAAUCGUACGCCUUCAACAUGAAGAGCGCUGUGGAGGAUGAGGGGCUCAAGGGCAAGAUCAGCGAGGCCGACAAGAAGAAGGUGCUGGACAAGUGCCAGGAGGUGAUUUCCUGGCUGGAUGCCAACACCCUGGCCGAGAAGGACGAGUUUGAGCACAAGAGGAAGGAGCUGGAGCAGGUGUGUAACCCCAUCAUCACUGGACUGUACCAGGGGGCGGGUGGGCCCGGGGCCGGUGGCUUUGGGGCUCAGGCCCCCAAGGGUGGCUCUGGCUCUGGCCCCACCAUUGAGGAGGUGGAUUAGGGGCCUUACCUUCGUUUUUCCCUAUUCGUCUUUGAGGUGGAGGAGACCUAAGGACCUUGCCAUUGCCUUAGAUCUUUUCUACUGUCAGUUCUCUACUAUUUCAGUUCAUUGUAAAGUAGGUUGUAAGCUGAUAAUUAAUUUGCAUGUCUUUGUUAUUUCUUUGUGGUAUAACCAAUGUGUUCUUUAGAAUUCUUGCAUUUAAGUUGGUACUGUAAGGAUUUCUUUCCUUUUGAAUGAAUCGACACUGCCACUCUCUGUCCUAUUUUUUGCUUUGUAAACAUACCAAAAGUCAUGGAAUGUUUUUUUCUGUAGUUUGUGUACUUAAGGAUGAAAAAUAAAAUGUUAAAAAUGUGUGUCUAAUAAAGAAAAAAUGUGAGUCUA